UCUCUCUCUUCUCCAGUAGAGAAGUGUGAGGUGGCUCUCUCCUCUCCUCUCCCUCACACAGCCUUCACUGCCUCCUCAGUCUUCACCAGUGGAUACGCUCCAGGCUACGCCAAGCUCAACCAGAGAGGAGCUGACUGCUUCCAGGCGUUCUCAGGCAACUCCAACACUGAGAGCGUGGUAAGACACGACCUGGCGCAAGGCAUUGUGGGCCGGUUGCUGCGUUUUGUACCGCUGGACUGGAGUGGAGAGGGACGCAUCGGCCUCCGCAUAGAGGUCUACGGCUGUUCCUACUGGGCAGACGUAAUAAACUUUGAUGGACAGGGAGUUAUAUCAUACCGAUUUAAGGUGAAGAAGAUGAAGAUCAUAAAGGAUGUGAUCGCUCUGAAGUUUAAAACGUGGGAUAGUGAAGGAGUCAUUCUACACGGAGAGGGACAGCAAGGAGACUAUAUUACAUUAGAGCUACGCAAGGCCAAACUCCUGCUGCAGAUUAACCUAGGCAGUAACCAGUACGGUUCGAUCUUGGGCCACACCUCUGUGACGUCUGGAAGCCUAUUGGAUGAUCACCACUGGCACUCUGUGGAGAUUGAACGAUACCGACGCAACGUUAACUUCACCCUGGACACACACACACAACACUUCAGGACCAACGGAGAGUUUGACCAUCUGGAUCUGGACUACGAGUUGAGUUUUGGUGGCAUGCCCUACAGUGGUAAGCCAGUGGGAGGGGGGAUGAAGAACUUCAGAGGCUGUAUGGAGAGCAUCAACUACAACGGAGACAACAUCACUGAUCUGGCACGACGCAAGAAGCUAGACACCUCCAGCUUUCGUAAUCUGUCAUUCUCUUGCAUGGAGUCUCACUCCUUCCCAGUUUUCUUCAACGCCACCAGCUUCCUGCAGCUCCCAGGAAGAGCCAAUCAGGAUGUAGUAUCACUUAGAUUCCAGUUCCGCACCUGGAACGCCAACGGACUCCUCCUCUUCAGUAACCUUGACGACGGAACGCUUGAGAUAGCCCUUGACGACGGGAAGAUGGGAGUUCACUUCAACGUGACGCAGACGAAGAACACCAGGAUAGCAAUAUCAUCAGGUUCAGGCCUUAACGACGGCCAGUGGCACGCGGUGCAUCUAGUUGCUAAGGAGAACUCUGUCAUGUUGACGAUCGAUGGAGACGAAGCGUCAGCGGUUCGAACCACCACACCUAUCAUCAUCAGGACUGGUGGAACAUACCAUCUGGGAGGGUACUUCCUGCCUACCUUAGCCCCUCCCACCCAAAGGUCGUUCCAGGGCUGCAUGCAGGCAAUUCUGUUGGAUGAUCAGCCGGCGGAUAUGCAUGCCGUGGAGAAAGGCAUUGUGGGAGUGUUUGAGAACGUCAGCUUGGACAUGUGUGCCAUCAUAGACAGGUGUAUGCCUAACCAUUGUGAGCAUGGAGGCAGGUGUAAACAGACGUGGGAUCAUUUUAGCUGCACCUGCGACAGAACCGGAUACACUGGAGCCACUUGCCACACAUCGUUGUUUGAACAGAGUUGUGAGGCGUAUAAACACCUGGGCAGAUCUUCAGACACAUUCUGGAUAGAUCCGGAUGGGAGUGGACCCCUCGGACCCUUCAAAGUCAACUGCAACAUGACAGAAGACAAGGUGUGGACUACAGUGGUAAAUAAUCUACCAGCCCAGACCUCAGUGACCGGGUCUAGCAGAGAGAGACGCACUGUGCUGCAACUCAACUACAGUGCCUCUAUGGAACAGGUCACAGCUAUUACCACCAGUGCUGAACACUGUCAACAACAAGUGUCGUACGCCUGCCGCAUGUCCCGACUGCUCAACACACCCGAGGGAACCCCCUACACAUGGUGGGUGGGUAAGAGCAGUGAGAAACAUUUCUACUGGGGAGGAUCAGGGCCGGGGAUACAGAAGUGUUCCUGUGGUAUCGACAGGAACUGUACUGACCCCAAAUACGACUGUAACUGUGACGCUGACCACAAACAAUGGAGAGAGGACAGUGGUCUGUUAGUGUAUAAGGACCAUCUGCCAGUCAGUCAGGUUGCCGUGGGUGACACCAACCGGCAGGGUUCAGAGGCCAAGCUCACCAUUGGGCCACUCCGUUGUCAAGGAGACCAUAACUACUGGAACGCGGCGUCGUUCACAACGCCCUCCUCCUACCUGCAUUUCUCCACCUUCCAGGGACAGACCAGCGCAGACAUCUCCUUCUACUUCAAGACCAGCGCUCCCUACGGGGUGUUCCUGGAAAACCUCGGCAACCCUGACUUCAUACGCCUCGAACUCAAAUCUCCUACUGUUGUCUCGUUCUCCUUUGAUGUGGGGAACGGUCCCGUGGAGUUGGCCGUCCAUUCAGCCACGCCCCUCAACGAUGACCAAUGGCAUCGUGUGAUGGCGGAGCGGAACGUGAAGGAGGGGGUGCUACAGCUGGAUCUGAACUAUAGGGAAACUCGUCCCGCCCCUCCACAGGGACACACAAGGCUAGAGCUGUUUAGUCAGCUUUAUGUGGGUGCAGCAGGGGGUCAGAGGGGGUUUCUGGGAUGCAUUCGCUCCCUCAGGAUGAAUGGUGUGACCCUUGACCUUGAAGAGAGGGCCAAGGUAACUCCAGGUGUAAAGCCAGGCUGUCAGGGUCAUUGUACCAGUUAUGGGAUGUACUGCAGGAACGGAGGAAAGUGUGUGGAGAAAUAUAAUGGUUACUCCUGUGACUGCACUGCCACGGCAUACGACGGACCCUUCUGCACCAAAGAUGUGGGGGGCUUCUUUGAGGCGGGCACUCUGGUGAGAUACAACUUCCUGUCAGAGGCAGCGGCAGCCAAUCAGGACGCAAGGUUCCUUGCCCAACCUUUAACUGCACAGGAAGUGAAUCUGACAGGAGAAGCAGUAGCGUUUAGCUUCAGUACAUCCAACACACCGGCUAUACUGCUGUACGUCAGCUCCAAGACACAAGACUACCUGGCACUGGUGCUACGGCAGAAUGGAACUCUCCAGGUGCGGUAUAACCUGGGCGGUCUCAAGGAGCCGUUCACCAUAGACGUGGACCAGCGUAACCUAGCCAACGGACAGCCACACACUAUCAACAUGUCCAGAAUCAACAGGACUAUCACCAUACAGUUGGACCACUACCCCCCUGUCAGUUACUCUCUCCCAGAGGCUUCAAACACACACUUCAACCUGGUCAAGACAUUAUUCCUGGGGAAAGUAUUUGAAACCGGAGUGAUAGACCCAGUGCUUAUAGAGCGUUAUAACACUCCAGGGUUCGUAGGCUGUCUGUCACGCGUCCAGUUCAACGGAGUCGCACCCCUGAAGACUGCCCUAAGAAACCCUAUAGCAGACAGACCAACAGACAGACAGUCUGUGCCAGUGUCCUACCAGGGUAAACUGGUAGAAUCUAACUGUGGAGCAUCACCUCUCACCAUCCCACCAAUGUCUGCUGUCACCGAUCCUUGGCGCCUGGACUCAGGUGCAGAGUUCCCAUUCAACGAGGAGAGAGUGAUCCCAGAUGGAGUCAACAGGAACGCAGCCAUUAUAGGAGGUAUCAUUGCUGUGGUGAUCUUCACCGUCCUGUGCACACUGGUGUUCCUGAUUCGCUACAUGUUCCGUCACAAGGGCUCCUACCACACCAAUGAAUCAAAAGGGGCGGAGCCAGCCAGUGGCGAAUCAGCAGACACCACCAUCAUCUGCGCCGAAACCAACCCGGAAACCAUAGAGGAAUCAAAGAAAGAGUGGUUCAUCUAACUGCCAAUUGAAAAACAGAUGAGGAUUGGAGAGUGGGAUGUUCAUCUGUUGACCAAUCACAGGAGAGAUGGAUGGAGACGUCUACUGAAUGGAGGAGGGAGUGGGAGUGGGUGAAAGAGGGU